AUGACCCGCCAUUGGCCCUGGGAGGUGAGCCUCCGGAUGGAAAAUGAGCACGUAUGUGGAGGGGCCCUCAUUGACCCCAGCUGGGUGGUGACUGCGGCCCACUGCAUCCAAGGCACCAAAGAGUACUCAGUGCUGCUUGGCACCUCCAAGCUGCAGCCCAUGAACUUCAGCAGGGCCCUCCAGGUCCCUGUGAGGGACAUCAUUAUGCACCCCAAGUACUGGGGCCGGACCUUCAUCAUGGGUGACGUUGCCCUUGUCCACCUUCAAGCACCUGUCACCUUCAGUGAGUAUGUGCAGCCCAUCUGCCUCCCGGAACCCAACUUCAACCUGAAGGUUGGGACACAGUGUUGGGUGACUGGCUGGAGCCAGGUUAAGCAGCGCUUUUCAGCCAACUCCACGCUGACCCCAGAGCUGCAGGAGGCUGAGGUGUUUAUCAUGGACAACAAGAGGUGUGACCAGCAUUACCACAAGAAGUCCUUCUUUCCCCCAGUUGUCCCCCUUGUCCUGGGGGACAUGAUCUGUGCCACCAAUUAUGGAGAAAACUUGUGCUAUGGGGAUUCUGGAGGGCCAUUGGCUUGUGAAGUUGAGGGCAGAUGGAUUCUGGCUGGGGUGUUGUCCUGGGAAAAGGCCUGCGCCAAGGCACAGAAUCCAGGCGUGUACACCCGCGUCACCAAAUACACCAAAUGGAUCAAGAAGCAAAUGAGCAAUGGAGCCUUCUCAGGUCCCUGCGCCUCUGCCUGCCUCCUGUUCCUGUGCUGGCUGCUGCAGCCCCAGAUAGGCUCCUGACCUCCCUACCCCUUCCUCCUCCUGCCUUGCCUUUGCUGAAUGGGGCCAGAUGGAGGUUUGACCACGGUCAUGUGUCCAUCUUCAACAAGAGCCAGGGUGGGGAAGAGUAACCCCUGGGAGAAUGGGUCUGGCUUUGGCAUCCUGGUGAGAAGUGUGGUGGAUGACUAGGCCUUGGGUGAGCAGGAGAAGGGAAGUGCAGCCUGGAAGGAUUCUGGAAUCUGGGACCAGGAGAGCAGGGAUUAAACAUGUGUAAACUUGA